AUGCUACAGCAAAUACACACAGCAGCAGCAGCAGCAGCAGCAGCUGUUGUACAAAUGCUGCAGCAGCCUGUCUUUGCAACACCUCCAGCAUCAUCAUCAUCAUCAGCAGCAGCAGCUGCUGCUACUGCUGCUGCUGCUGCUGCAGCUAAGGGCGUCUGUCAUCGCGGUUGUACGGGCAACUUGCAGCAGCAGCAGCCGGCGGAAGGCAGCAGCUGGUCUUUGCCCCGUUCGCUGCAGCACCAGCUGCUUGAGCUGGCGCUGCAGCACCAGCAGCAGCGGCUUCUGCUGCAGCAGCAGCAGGAGAUCCGCUGGAGCGGUGUAAUAUCUGAGUUGCGUAGUAGAAGAUGGAGAACCAGUUCUUUUGCAGCACCAGCAGCAGAAGCACCAGCAGAACCAGCAGAAGCACCAGCAGAACCAGCAGAAGCAACAGAAGCAGCAGCAGCACCAGUAGAACAACCACCACCACCAGAAGGAGCAGCAGAAGCAUCACAAGCAGAAGCAGAAAAGGCUGCAGCAGCAGCAGCAGAAGCAGUAAAAGCACAAGCAGCAGAAGCCGCCGCAGCAGCAGCAGAAGCAGCAGUAGCAGCAGUAGAAGCAGAGGCAGCAGCAGUGCCACGAGAACCCCUAGGUUCCUCUCGUUUGCUGCAUGUGCGUUUAUUAACAUUAAAUUUGCAUGCAAUGGUAAAGUUUUAUACAGAACUGCUAGGCAUGCAGGUUGUGGGGCGAUGGAAGCCUGCAUCAACAGAUGCAGCAGAUGCACCAGAUGCACCAGCAACAACACCAACAGCAGCAGCAGCGGCAGCAGAUAAAGGGCUACAAGAAGAUGCCCCCUUCCUAUGGGAGCCAAUAAAAGGAAAUAUUCUCCUUAGAAGCAAAGAGACAAUCCCUGUAGAGGAGGUUGUGCUGCUUGCAUACGCCCCUCCAGCAGCGGAAGAAGGAGGAGAAGGAGCAGGAGGAGCAGCAAUCGCAGCAGCAGGAAACUGUUGGGGGUUUAAAUUGGAGUUAGUAUACAGCAGCAAAUGGGCGCAGCAGCAAAAAGAAAAAGAAGAAGCAACAAGUGCAGCAAUUAAGGCAGAAGAGAAAAGUCUCAUGGCUGCUGUAGAGGCAUUUAGGCUACAUGAGGAGCAGGCGCUGCUGCAGCGCAAAACUGGCAGCAGCAGCAGCAACAGAAUCACCAGCAGCAGCAGCACAUUGCUGCCUAGUCUCUCCCGCAUGCGUACAUAUGAGAAAAGAAGAGGAAGGCAUGAUAGAGGAUACCAUGGCUUCUUUGGCUUCUCCUUCUUGCUGCCGUCGCUGCAGCAUCUACAGCAGCGGCGGGUGCAGCAAACUGGCGGUUUGCUGCUGCACUGCCCUGCUAAGAGAAGACAAUUACCCUCUAUGGUCCCUGAUCAAGAUGCGCGUCAAGAGCUGUGGGGUCAGAGUUGUUUCUUAUUAGACCCUGACGGCAAUGGUGUAGAGGUGCAGCAGCUGACUCGCAGCAGCAGCAGCAGCAACAUGUAUUUAAAUGCGAGUGCAAGGAAACAAGAAGCAGCACUUAAUACAUGGCAAACCUAUAUGGUUGAACAAGAAGCGGAUAUUAUGCUGCAGCAGGAAAAGCAGCAGCUGCAGCAGCAGAUACGAGAUAUCGACGAACAACUGAAACAAAAGCAGCAACAGGAGGAGCAACAGCAACCACAGCAGCAAGAACAGCAGCAACAGCAGCAUCAGCAGCAACAGCAGGAACAAGACCAGGAGCAAGGCCACGACGGAGCGCUGCAGGACCAGCAGCAGGAGCAGCGGGAGCAACAGACGCAACAGCAGCAACAGCAGGAGAUUGAAAGACUACAAGAAGAAAAAGAAAAACUACAAAAGCAAUUGGAUGAAUGCAAUGCGAAGCAGAAAAUCAUUGAUGCUCUAGAAGAGCAGCAGCAGCAGCAGCAGCGGGAAAGAGAGAAAGCAGCAGCAGGUGCUGCACUGCAGCACAAAGGGCCUUUGUCUCCUCGAUUGCAAAAGGUUCGGCUGUACACGGAGUCGCAACUUGCUGCUGAUCGCUUCUUUGGGACUUUGCUUCAGAUGAAGCUGCUCCGUUAUAAGAGUCACUUGCUAGAGCGAAUAUUCCCCUGGACUCGUUUUGCUGCAACAAGCCGCACGUAUGCAUGCGAAGCAGCAGCACUGCAUGCACGAGCAGCAGCCAAGGAGGGUGCAACAGCAGCAGCAGCAACAACCGCUGCCGCUGCUGCUACUGCAGAAGCAGAAGCAGAAGCAGGAGGUGGAGAUAUCUCUGUAGGCAACACCGCUAUACCUACUGAAUGGGAAGGUCCUGCUGCUGCUAACCCUGCAGCAGCAGCAGCAGAAGUAUUUAAAACAGAAGCAGCAGAAAGAAUAUUACCACAAAUACAAGUUGCUUAUGCAUAUGACGAAGAUAAAGUAUCUGUACACCCGGGUUUCCUGCACAUUGCAAUAGCUGUGGAGGACAUAAGUGCAGCAGCAGCGCACAUUGAAUCAAGGGACAAGGAGGCAGCAGCAGAAGCAGCAGCCGAAGCAGCAGCAGCAGAAGCAGCGGCAAAAGCAAGUUGUAGAGCAAGGACAUACAACAUGACAGGAAAUGAGGAAGAAAAACCCUCAGCAGCAACAGAGAUUAUAGGCGAUGCAGAGGAGGUUUAUAGACCUACGAUCAUCACCAGCAAAACACUCAAUGAGUGUUUAUUUCUUAAUGAGGCACAGGCUAAUACAAUCCGGCGGGCGGAGACAGAGAAUUACGCAAUCCAACAUGACGGAGUUUGA